UUCAUCUUCAUGACAAACUCGUUAGCAAAGACGGAGUGAACAGUCCGGGAUAGUUAGAGUAAGUAGCGCAGCAUGUAGUUGACUGCUGGACUGCUUUCAGAGAUUGGAGCUCGGUGUUCGUCUGCGUUGUCUCGUUAUCCUCAUCGUGAAGAACCUCUCGGUUCACGUCAUGUUCCUGCGCGGGUCCAAAAAGCGGCGGUCGAACCGCUCGCAGGAGGAAGAGGAUCCAGACAGAGGCCAGCCCUGCAUGCGUUGUGGAGACCAGUGCCCCGGCUUCCGUCUCCACGGAUGGAGGAAGAUCUGUGUGCACUGCAAGUGCGUGCGGGAGGAGCACGCGGUGCGCUCGGUGCCCGGGCAGCUGGAGAAGAUCAUGAACAAGCUGGUGUCAGACUUCCAGAGGCACUCCAUCUCCGACGACGACUCGGGAUGCGCCUCCGAGGAGUACGCCUGGGUCCCACCUGGACUCAAGCCCGAACAGGUAUACCAGUAUUUUAGCUGCCUACCAGAGGACAGGGUGCCUUAUGUCAACAGCCCAGGAGAGAGAUACCGAAUCAAGCAGCUGCUGCACCAGCUCCCGGCCCACGACAGUGAGCCGCAGUACUGCAACUCUUUGGAUGAGGAUGAGAAAAAGGAGCUGCGUCUGUUCAGUCAACAGAGGAAACGAGAAAACCUGGGCAGAGGCGCCGUCAGGCUGUUCCCCGUGACCAUGGCUGGAGCCAUCUGCCAGCAGUGCGGCAGACAGAUCUGCGGGGGAGAUAUCGCUGUGUUUGCCAGUCGGGCUGGUCAGGGCAGCUGCUGGCACCCCCAGUGCUUCCAGUGCUCGUCCUGCAGCGAGCUGCUGGUGGACCUGAUCUACUUCUACCAGGACGGACAGAUCUACUGCGGCCGCCACCACGCCGAGAGGCUGAAGCCUCGCUGCCAAGCCUGCGAUGAGAUCAUUCUGGCAGAUGAAUGCACAGAGGCAGAGGGACGGUACUGGCACAUGAAGCACUUCUGCUGCUUCGACUGUGAGGCUGCGCUGGGCGGUCAGCGCUACAUCAUGAGGGAGUGUCGACCGUACUGCUGCUCCUGCUACCAGUCCCUGUAUGCUGAGUCGUGUGACACCUGCGGGGAACACAUAGGUAUCGAUCAGGGUCAGAUGACCUAUGAGGGCCAGCACUGGCACGCGGUGGAGGCAUGUUUCUGCUGCGCCCGUUGUCGGUUGCCUCUCCUGGGUCGGCCUUUCCUUCCACGGAAGGGACUCAUCUUCUGCUCCAGAUCUUGCUCGCUUGGUGAUGACCCCAACAACUCGGACUCCUGUGACUCGGCUCUUCAGAGCAGAUCGCCUCCUCACAACAGACGGUGGGCAGGACACCAUAAAUUACAGUGUGGUUCUCCACUACAGCCGCUAGAGGGCGCCAGACCCUCUUUAACACCCACAAACGACUCCAUUCAGUUUACAGAGGAAAACAGAGGUGUUCAUUGCACUGCUCCAGUUUUGAAUGGAGUUCCUUCAUCCAGUGGUCGUCUUCAUCCCAGAGGCUCCUACUCACCUCUGCCCCACAUUCAUCUAGGGAAUGGCUUGGGACCGUCCUGGCCCAGUGACAUCCCUCAGUACAGUUUACCUCCCAGAGAGGUGGCGGUCCGACCUGCAGGCAACGGUCUGGAGCUUCAGGGAGUUCUGAAGGACAGCACAGCUCUGAAUGGUUGUAAUUUAAGAGGAACCUUGACGGAUAAAGAGUGCAGAAACUGGGUGGAAAAGACUAAUCAAGCCAUGCAAGCAUCUCCUCCUCAUAAACACUUCCUUGUUAACCCUCUCAUUUCAUUAGAUUCUCCUCCCCUUUCAUCAAGAAACAGCCCCACCCUCCCACCUCCCUUGCCCAUUAAGUCUCGUGACUUGAUAUCACGAGAUUCGCCUCCUCCGACCCUUUCCCAGCCCGAAGAUCGACCUCACGAGUCCCCGCCCCCGCUGGCUUGCAGCGGCACAGCCAGAGUCAGCUUCAGAGAACCAAUUAGCAGCAGCUACUCCGUGGAAGAGGACGGCGAUGAAGAUGAGAAUGCAGACGUACUUCUGCAAGAGGGCCAGGAGAGGCAGCAGGAAGAAGAGGAAGAGGAGGAGGAAGGAGGUUUUGGGAGCAGGCUGCAUCUGCAGAAAGGAAUCCCCCCAAAGAUGGACCUGCUGGAUGGUUCUUCAUACCAGCAACGGAAUCUGAGGCGCGGAGCGAACCGCUGUCGCAUUCCUUCAGAUUCUGCUCUCCGCCCAGGGUCAGACAGGCGCUCCCGAAGCUCGCGGCGUGAGCGGCCCCGGCUGGACGCCCUGGACUGGAAAGGCGAAACCGAAAGAGACGGCCGGGGACCCUCCAGCACUCCGUCCCUGACCCUCCAGCUGGGACAGUUCAAACAUGAGGACUCUUGCUCCACUUGCUCCUCGUCCUCUGAGGAAGAGGAAGAGGGCUUCUUCCUCGGACAGCGCAUUCCUCUGCCGCCACAGCUUCAAAAGCAGCAGGCUGAGGAGAGCCACAGCAGAGAGUCACAGGAGAAGGACUGGGGGCUGAGAGGAAGCAUAAGAAGAAGAGCUCUCAGCCAGAGUGCAAAAGAAAAAGAGAAAAAUUGUUCUGUGUCCUAAUCACUCUUUGUAAACAUCAAAACACUUUGGGGUUUAUUUCAGCUAGAGUAAGAACAGUGGAUGUUUUUAUUCUAGUGUGGAUCUAGGUCUGAUGUUAGCUCAGGUAUGAAAGCUUACCUUCCAAAGGUGAGCCACACCCAUCAUUUCAGACACACAAAGGGAAGUAACACAACAACCUUGUAUUACUUUGAAGAAUUACAAAGCAGAAAACUUCUAGCAGUCAUGAAUGUGGAGUGAUUGUUGUGACUUGUCCUCCAGUUGCUUUGAACUGGCUGCUGAGAACAUGUUCUUGACUCAGAUACCACAAUUACUCACCUACGGAAACAUGCAGCGGCACUUUGGACACUGGGCCAGUUUUACAAUCAUCAUGGAUCUGUCCACGAUCUUGUUUGAACAAACUAAGCAUACAGAAACUUGUAAACACACAGCUAACAUGUAUGAAUAUGUUUUUAAAUGACAACUCAACUUGGAUCCAACCACACACUAAUCUCAGACUUCCCACAAAAAGCUGCAACCAUGAUUGUGUUAGAAUAAAUUGGCCAUUGGUAUGUAUUUUCAGUGUGUUGUACUUUCUAAAUAAAAAGAAAAAUCCAUUUACCAAGAAGAAGCUGAAAACCCAACAUGUGAACUCCAGACAGGAAGGUCCCAGCCGGGGUUCAAUCCAGGGCUCCUCACUGUGAGACCAGAGUGCCAACCACUGCACCACCGUGUUCUUGUAGCUUUUAUAUUUAGCAUAUGUUCUAAAAUAGGAUUCAAACUUCAGAUGGAAUACAUUAAAACGAGGUUGUGAAUUGAAGCAUUUACAAUUGAA